ACUCAUUUACACCCCUCCGUUCUCCCUCCUCCCUCUCUCACACAUCAAAAAGUCAGCGCCCUCUUUUGUCUUCAUCUCUUUCUCCAUUUCUUCUCUCUAAAAGAAUAGUCAAGGAUAAAGCAUAUCAAGAACAUAAUAUGGAAGAAGAUUGGGAUCUACAUGCCGUGGUCAGAAGUUGCACCCCCGCUAACACCGCCAGCACCACAACGAAUGAUUGUGAUCUAGUUCAUGGUAUAUUAAAAGUAGACGGUGCUCUGAUGAAAUCUUUACGAAUAGAAAAAGAUUAUCGUCAAUUUGAUAAUGAUCAAAUGACAUUGCAGAGGGGCUCUACCACCACUUCUUGCAAUCCCACAAACAAUAUUCAUUAUUUAUGCAGCUUCCAACCAAGACCAAAUGAUAACAACAACAACUCUUUAUUUUGCUUUAAAGAUCUGCUAGAGCAAAGAAUAUUGACCACAAAUAGUGCUACUGAUUUCGAAGAGUCGCAUGAAUUGUGCAAGCCCUUCUUUACUGCAUCAGAAAGUUUAACCAUUUCAUCACCACGGAGGGGAUUACCUAUAUCACCUAUCUCUGUUCUUGGACGACUACAAGAUCUACCACCAUCGUCGCAGCAGCAGCAACAACAACAUCUUCAUCAGCUUACUAAUACAAAACCAAUUCAGCCUAAGAGACCUCUGUCGUCUCUAAAUGGUUCAAUAACUAAUUGUACUUUACAUGCUCAAAGUUCAAGAACUAAAAGAAGGAAGAACCAAUUGAAGAAGGUAUGCCAAGUAGCUGCUGAUGCUUUAUCUUCUGAUAUGUGGUCUUGGAGAAAAUAUGGGCAAAAACCCAUUAAAGGUUCCCCAUACCCAAGGGGUUAUUACAAAUGUAGCACUUCAAAGGCUUGUUUGGCCCGCAAACAAGUGGAGCGAAAUAGAUCCGACCCGAAUAUGUUCAUUGUCACUUAUACAGCUGAGCACAAUCAUCCUAUGCCUACGCACAGAAAUUCCUUAGCCGGAAUCAGCCGCCACAAAACGGCGAAUCCCAACAAACCCACCAGCUUAUCGCCGGCGACCAACUCUCCGGCACCGGAAAAUCAAGAAAGCAGCAGGGAUGACAAAGAGGAUAUUUUUGAAGAUGACGACGAUGAAUUUGGUAAAACUGAACCGGACGAUGAUUUCUUCGAUGGUUUGGAUGAGCUUGUAAUCCAGGCUACCGGAGAUAGCUUGCCGGAGAAAUUUUCGGGGACUUUGCAGUUCCCUUGGUUGGUGAAUAAUGCCGCUACCACGGCGGCCGGCGGUGGUUGACUUGACGGAAAAAAACAAAAAGAAGAAAUGCUGCUUUUCUUAUCAAUGACUUUCUUUUUAGUUUGUAUUAUCUUUUUUAUUUGUCCGUUAGAGAUAGAAAAGAGGAGAGAGUCUUAAUUUUGUACGUGUAACGUAUAAUUCUAACCCCCCAUCAUCAUAGAGAGAGAUAGGCAUGUAGAGAUAGGAAAGGAAGUGUUUGAUUCAAUGUUCCUUUCAAAAAAAGAAACUAUUGUAUAGAAUGGGUUAAAUUCUAUUCACGCUGACUUAACUUGA